AUGCGACUCUGUAUACGUGGUUUAGAAGGAGAGACAACGAUUUCGAAUAGCUUCACUAAACGGCGUCAGAAUGGCUUCAAAAUCGGCACAAGAGACAAGUACGCGACACGUUUGAGGAUUUCCUGUGUUUGUUUUCAAAUAAUAAUUUGUGUUAUUUGGUUGUCACAGGUUGUAUAUGGACGAGUGCUUUCUGAUGGAACUUCCCUUGAUUACAGAAUGAAUGGUUUCAUUGCUCUGAUGCUCAGUACAAUUGGAUUCGCUGCUCUCAUUUACUUCAAAGUACCUGUUACCUUGGUCUACGAAUGUUUCAUUGGGAUCAUAACAGCAACUAUCUUGUGGUCGGUUGUGGUUUCUAUCACUGUCUAUGUUAUGGCUCGAAUGCAGAAGACAGGAUUGGCUCCUGGAGGAAACACAGGAAAUGUUAUUUAUGACUUCUUCAUGGGACACCAACUCAACCCACGAUGGGGAAAAUUUGACUUCAAGUUUUUCUUUGAAGUUAGACCAGGAUUUAUAGGCUGGGUAAUGAUAAACUUCUGUAUGGCUGCGAAAGAAUACGAAAAGACGCAUGAAGUGUCGACUGCAAUGAUACUCGUGUGCAUCUUUCAAUUUAUUUAUGUUGCUGACUGCUUGUUUUAUGAGUCUUCCAUGUUAAGUACAAUUGACAUCAUAGAGGAAGGAUUUGGCUUCAUGUUGGCUUUUGGUGACAUAUCCUGGGUGCCAAUAAUGUAUUCCUUGCAGGCACGAUAUCUUGUUGACCAGCCUGUUAAGCUCUCCUGGAUAACAACUACUGCAAUUGUUGCUCUAUUUGGUAUGUUGAAAAUGUCUCCAGAUCUUACACAACCUUGUCAAAAUGUUUUGUGUUAUUUUUUUCUUGCAGAUCAAGAAACUAUUCUUACCCCGACUGGUAAGCGACUCCUAGCCUCUGGCUGGUGGGGCCUGGUACGACACCCUAACUAUCUCGGUGACAUCAUCAUGGCGUUUGCAUGGACCUUUCCAUGUGGUUUCUCUAACCCAAUCCCAUUCUUUUACCCUGUGUAUCUGACAAUUUUGCUUGUUCACCGUGAAUUCCGAGACGAAGCGAACAACCGCCGCAAGUACGGAACGAGCUGGGACGAGUAUUGCAGGCGGGUACCCUACCGCAUUCUACCCAAGAUAUUUUAGACUGUUGCCUUUUGCUUUAUGGACAUUCUGAUUUUAUCUUGAAAACAGCUGUAUGUCACAGCUUGGAUACUGACGUGUGUCAUUAGCUGCAGGUGCACUUGGUAGACACACAGAAGUCGUUUUCUUUUACGUGGUUAUAUACAUUGUACAGACAAAACAGAUAGCGGUUCAUUUUGCGGACUGGACGUAAACGACUCGGAUCUGGUCGAUUCUUAAAAUUUUCGAACUUUUUUUAUCCUUUGAUUGCACUUGAUUUUAUUUUUAAGUUUGAAGAAUUAUUUUAAACGAUUCCUAAGGUUUUGACAAUAUUUAUGUAACUAUGUUGGCUAGUUAUCAAUCGUGACAUACUUAAAGUACUUAUUCAAAUUUUCAAUGCAUGCAUGGAGAACGUUUUAGAUACAGUUUUACUUUUCAAUGCCUUCCAGAA